CUUACCUCUGGUUCCAUCUCCUUGCCUGUUAGAUAGGCUGCCGGUCUUUCUCUUCUCGGCUUCUUUACGCUCGCAAUCGGAUCGCGUGGUCCGGUACCACUAUUUCGCAUCUUUGGUAGAUUUUUCCGCCGUCGUGUUCUGUUAGUUUGUCACCAUGGGCCCUCCGAUCAAGCAGGACCCCGAUGCCUCGUCGCCCUACAUCAAAGCCGAUCCGGACGACAAGGAUACCGUACUCGCCGACGUCGAUGACGAGGAUAUUUUCGACGACGACGGGGAUCUAGAUUUUUCGAACGCUGCGCAGAACGUGUGGUUGUCGCGCAUUCCUCGGCAGCUGUGGGAGAACUGGGAUAAACUCGACGACGAUGAAGAGAUUCAGGUGGGGACCAUUCGGAUCGAGGGUCCUGGGAAUGAUAUAAAGCGGAUCAGUUUGCGCCUCCAGGAGCGCGAGGAUAAUAAGGAAGUCCCCAAAGACUAUGUUUUGCAACGGUAUACGCUCGAUUCGGAGCCUUCGGUGAAUCCGGCGAAGAACACCUAUGUUUUCACCGAAAAGGAAAUUGCCGGCCAGGAUAAUCGCACGGUUGUCUUUGGCGAGGCGCGGUCGGCGUUGUAUGAGUCCGUCAAGCGCGACGCUCGGAGAAAGGAGAGAAAGAAGAAAUGGGAGCCCUAUGUUCGGAAGACAAUCAACAAACAAACUAGCUUGGUGGCAGGCGUGAGCGAAGAGUUCAACUGCCUUCCGGUUGAGAACGAAGAGUUUGAAGAGCUCUCCACAAAGAGAGCCCUGGAAGCCCUCAAACCGAAGACGAAAAUCAUGUACAUUGGCGGGGCCCCGAAUCAACUCCUCCAGGGCAGAACUGUCUUGCCUACAGAGAAGGGUUCGUUCGUGCAAGCAGCCAAAACCAGCAAACCCAAGGCCCAAGAAAACAAGACUACGCGUAUGCCGCAAAACGAACUGCUGGAUCUUAUCUACGGGUGCUUCCGAGAAUACCGGUACUGGUCGUUUAAGGAUCUUAAGGCCCGGCUGCGACAGCCUGAGGCAUAUCUUAAGCAGACUUUGGAAUUGACUGCUCAUCUGGUAAAAGGCGGAGACUUUGUCAAUACCUGGGAGCUCAAGCCGGAGGCGAGAGAAAGCAGUUAUGCGAAUGCGUGGGGGUAUGCAGAGCCCCAAGGGGAGCUUGCUCCCGCGACCUACACCGAGGAUGUAUCCGAUGAGGAUGCUUCUGAGAUGGAUAACGACGAGACACAGUUUGAGAAUGUUUCCUGAAUCGAUGUAGCAUAUAACAAGCACGGGUCAUGGCGUCUUACUCUUGGGAUGGUUCUUGGGCUGCAAUCAUACAGGGCGCAUCAGGAGUUCUUUGUAGGUUUAGAUAGCUGCAAUACCACAUAUAUGUCCAUAGCAAUCAAAUCUAC